GAAGCUUCACCCCUUGGGAGACCAUGGAAAGGGACAGCAGCCGGAAUGCUUCCCCAGCAAGGACGUCUCCAGCCUGGGCAUCUCCAGCCUGGGUGUCCCCGGCCCGGGCAUCACCUUCCAGGUCAUCGUCCGGCAGGUCAUCAUCUGCUGGGUCGGCCUCCAUGACAUCGUCUCCGACAAGAACAUGCCUUGUUAGGGCAACACCAGUGGGGGCCGUACCUGUCCGGGCAUCUCCUGCCAGGUCAGCGCCAGCCGCCAGGGCCACUGGGGAGAGCCCAGGUAUCAGCUUUCGCAAGUUCGCCUGGCAGGAGGGCCAGAAACGUUUGCUGCUCAUCGGAAGUAUCAUCCUCCUCAUCGCCCUCAUUGUGUCCCUCAUCCUUCUCUUCUACUUCUGGCGGGGCCACACAGGGGUCAAGUACAAGGAGCCAGCAGAGAGCUGCCCCAGGCACUCUGUACGCUGUGAUGGGAUGGUGGACUGCAAGCUAAAGAGUGACGAGCUGGGCUGUGUGAGGUUUGACUGGGACAAGUCUCUGCUUAAAGUCUACUCUGGAUCCUCGCAUCAGUGGCUUCCUGUCUGCAGUGACAGCUGGAAUGACUCCUACUCAAAGAAGACCUGCCAACAGCUGGGUUUUGAGAGCGCUUACUGGACAACCGAGGUGGACUACAGGGAUUUUGCCAGCAGUUUCUCAGUCUCCAAAUACAAUUCCACCAUCCAGGGAAGCCUCCACAGGUCUGAAUGCCCUUCCCAGCGGUAUGUCUCUCUCCAGUGUUCCCACUGUGGACUGAGGGCCAUGACCGGGCGGAUUGUGGGAGGGGCGUUGGCCCCAGAGAGCAAAUGGCCUUGGCAAGUUAGUCUGCACUAUGGCACCACCCACAUUUGUGGGGGCACGCUGAUUGACGCCCAGUGGGUGCUCACCGCUGCCCACUGCUUCUUUGUGACCCGGGAGAAGAUCCUGGAGGGCUGGAAGGUGUAUGUGGGCACCAACAACCUGCACCAGCUGCCGGAGGCAGCCUCUGUCUCCCAGAUCAUCAUCAACGGCAACUACACCGACGAGCAGGACGACUACGACAUCGCCCUCAUGCGGCUCUCCAAGCCCCUGACCCUGUCUGCUCAUGUCCACCCUGCCUGCCUCCCCAUGCAUGGACAGACCUUCAGCCUCAACGAGACCUGCUGGAUCACAGGCUUUGGCAAGACCAAGGAGACAGACGAGAAGACAUCCCCCUUCCUCCGCGAGGUGCAGGUCAGCCUCAUUGACUUCAAGAAGUGCAACAACUACUUGAUCUAUGACAGUUACCUCACCCCAAGGAUGAUGUGUGCUGGGGACCUCCGGGGGGGCAGAGACUCCUGCCAGGGAGACAGCGGGGGACCCCUGGUCUGCGAGCAGAACAACCGCUGGUACCUGGCAGGAGUCACCAGCUGGGGCACGGGCUGUGGCCAGAGAAACAAACCUGGUGUUUACACCAAAGUGACAGAAGUCCUCCCCUGGAUAUACAGCAAGAUGGAGAGUGAGGUGCGCUUCCGGAAAUCUUAAGCGGCUGUCCUGCUCCACCUCACAGCUCUGGCUGCUGUAAAGACUCGGGCCAAAGUGACUGGGCCAUUUGCAACAUCAUCUGGGCUAAAGGCCACCAGACACCUUUGUUACUGCCACCUCCACUGUCUGCUGCUUCUGCGAAUACGCACAAGUGUGUGUGUUUAUGAGUGCGUGUGUGUGUGUGUGUGUGUGUUGUGUUCUCCCAAGGUCUUCAGAAACCAGGAGAGAUGUCAGCUCUUCCCAGACCCCAGGCUGGAAAUCACCUGGAGAUAACAGUUUGGGCACCAUGGAGGUUCCUACGGGGGUGUCCAUAACGGAUGGAGGAGGUAGAGCCUGGGGAAGAGCCUAAAGGUCACAUCAGGAAUUCUUGCUUCUCUGACCUUGACUCGGAGACUAGCCCAGAAUGGGCAGCCCAGGUGACACCACACACCACUGCUGUCCAGGGACAAUAGCAGUUUUCACUGGAGUUCCUGGACUCUCUCUAGUGGGAAGAUAUUCUGUUGGCAGCACGAGCAUCCUGUCCUCUCUCAGGGCUCCUGCUGGCGCCGUGGAUGUGGGGAGCGGGCUGCGCUGUAGCUGUCCAUGCUGACGCCUGGGAACCGGGCUCAGUGUUCUUGUUUGGUCACAGGCUGUUGGGGGCAGAUUUCAUUUCAUUUUAUUUUUAUAUUGAAGAAAUGGUAGUAGAUGUAUUUUUAAAGAUUCUCCAAAAUUCCAGGAGUGAGGAGAGCUAGCAUCAAGCACUCCAAGAACUCUGAGGGACUCAUGGGAGUCUGUUGCUGGAGAGCCCCGCGGAGCAUCCUGGCUUCAAGGGACUGAAGGGGUCCCUUUGAGAAACUCGGGGAAGUGAAUCCUCAUUUGGGCUGGCGGGCAAACCCAACACAAAGAGAGCCACAACUGUCGCUGCAUCCAAGGGCUACAAGCAGAGCAUGAAGACGUGCGUGCUGCUUCCCCGUGGGCCCCCGGAGUCUGGGAAAAUCCAGGCAGACAGGCAUCCCUCCUUCCCAGAACUGUCCUGGGACCUUGGAAUUUCUUCUCAGCUCUCUCCACCUUUCAGUUUCUCAGUUAUUUCUG